ACUUUUCGACCUGAAGAUCACUGGUGUCAUGAUUUGACCUCGUUUUUUCCGAGUUCCCAGUUGUCUUCAAAGCACCAAUAUUUAGACAACUGGAGAGAGACGUUUUUUGCCAGUGAAAUUUCCGCUGCCAGUAAACAGCGCCGACGUGCAAGCCUAAGGUAUGUAAGCUAGUACACACCUCUGUUCCUAUAUUGUGAAAAUGUUUCGGAAGGGAACGAACUUUACUAGCUUAUGUUUUAAGUCUAAAAUAAGCUAACUCAAGCAAGCAUCAACUGCAAGUAAUACAUUGUGUAAUGUAUUGAAAAUAGCUUGGCGCGCGCCACCGCCCUAUUCCAAGAAGCUCUAGAUUGGCGUUGGUUUCUAUCGCGCCUGGAUCAACCUGUAGGUCCUUGGAACUAAUUUUGUUGCUGACUUUCGGGAUCCAGUGAGCAUUCCAUGGCAUGUUAUUACUUGGAGAAGGAGUUUAAAACGAGUAGUGUGAUGGAGGGAGAGGACCCAGAAGGAAAUCCCAGCACUGCCUCGUCUCACUCACUUCCUCCCCAAGCAGAGGCGGUAAGCCCAGCGGAUGAGGAUGAUUGUAUCACAACAGGGAGGAACUCUGAAGAGACCGCUACACGCACAAACGGCAUGGGCCAGCCGAGUCAGGACCACCAGAGUGAAGGGGUCCCAGCUAAGACUGCUGCCACAGACAACAACCAGAGUCAGUUUGCCACCACCAUGGACAACCAAGCCCAGCAACAACCCACGGAAAGCCCGUCUAUCACUAAACUAUGUGGGUAUCUCCUUAAACAAGGAGGUCCCCUGAAGUCGUGGAAGUGGCGCUGGUUCACGUACGAGGAGAAGAAGAGCCAGUUGUUUUACUACAGGACGGCACAGGAUGUGACCUCUUUGGGGAGGAUUGAGCUGUGCAGAGCCACGUUCGGUUACCCCCUCCACGGAGAGCAGGGCACCUUUCACAUCCAGAACCCUGAACGGACCUUCGUCCUCAAGGCAGAUAACCAGGAGGCCAUGAUGUACUGGCUACAACAGCUGCAGCUGAAGAGAUGGCAGCACCGAGACCAGCUGACAGGAGAAUCCACACGUCACUGCACUGACCACCAGAGACCAGAGGGACAGGGGGAACUACCCACCAGCUGCCCAGAUGACUUCCUGCCCACCAUGAAGACCCCGCCAGGCCUCUUGGGUGAGGAGGCUGCCAAUCUGCCCGCACCGCAACAACGGGCCCCCCUAAGCAACUUCUCCCUCAAACAUCCUCUGAUAGAGAUUCAGAACUCGGUGCACAGUCUUUUUUACAAGCGGUCCUCCCAGGAACUGAGUCGGAGUGUGUUCCAUUUGGAGGUGCCUCCUCCCUGGACCCCCUACCAGACAGCCCAGGACAGGAUUGACCCUAGGACUCCCGUUGACCCUCCGACUCCUACCACCCCGCUGCUGUUGGCGGACCCUGCGGGUGAGCGCUCCCCAGGGGAGGGCAGGUCGUUCACAUGCCCGUCCCCGAGGAUCAGGAGGAAGACGAGGGGCAGCUCUGCCACCAUGCCCGCUGCGCUACGGGAAGCUGCUUCAGACAAGACUACCUGCCUUCAGCAGGAGAAACACAUGCUGGCUGAGGAGGUCAAGGCCCAGAAGGAGCUGGUGUGGCUUCUCCACAAGGCCCUUGAGGCGGCUCAGCUGGAGAAGCGGACCUGCACUGAGUUCCUGGCAGCCGAGUGUGAGCAGGAGCGUCUGGAGCUGUUGAGGCACCGCGAGCGCCAAGCUGCUGACCUGCAGGGUCGUCUGGAGGAGCUGAAGGUCGAGGCAGAGGGUCUGAGGGCGAGUUUGGCCCAAAGGGACACCCACGUGGCCGAGCUGAAGGAAAACGUCACCCUGAUGAUGGCGAAGAACAACUCCAAACAGGAGGUGAUCCUGAAGCUGUCAGAGCAGGUGGCGGCCUGCAUGACCGACCCAAGACGCACCAUGUCCACCACUAAUGGCCUGGAGGCCCUGACCUUCCACCAGCUGCAGGAGGACACUGAGAACCUCAAGGUUGGUUUGUGGUUGGAUGACAUUGAGGCCUACAAGAUCCAGAACAAGUUCCUGAACUCUGAGAUCUACCAGCUGACCAAGCUAUGGCGCAACAGUUCAGAGCAGGAGAAAAGCCUUAUGUGUGCCUACCUGGAGGCCCGUAACUGUCAGAUAGAGAGUCGUUACCUGGGUGUACUGAGGAAGCUGCAGGAGAGCAAGGCUCUAGAACCAGGCCAGCGGGAGGCUGUGAGGAACCUCAUAGAGGACGCACUGAAAGGAGACCUGAACGACGUCCUCAAACUCAACCCUGUCAGGGAGCACGACGAGUACGGCUUCAAGAUCAUCCCGGACUAUGAGGUGGAGGACAUGAAGCUGCUGGCGAAGAUCCAGGCCCUGGAGAUCCGCUCCCACAACCUGCUGAGGCAGGAGGCCGGGGUCAAACCCUUGUUGGACCGCUGGGCUCAGUACCUGGGCGGCCGCCCGGCCGAUGACCUCUGCCCCUCCCCGGAGCUCAAAUUCCUGCUGCGGUGUGGCGUGCCACGGGAGUACCGCCCACGGGUGUGGCGCUGGGUGGUAAGGGCACGCACACGCUCGCUGAGGGAGCGCCACCCGGAUCGCUAUGAGCAGCUGUGCCAGAAGAGCCUUACGUCACCCCACCAAGCCUCCAGACAGAUCCAGUUGGACCUACACCGCACGCUCACCACCAAUCAGCGCUUUUCCUCGCCCUCCAGCCCCACUCUGCAGCAGCUCCAACGAAUUCUGCUAGCUUUCUCCUGGCAAAAUCCCACCAUUGGUUACUGCCAGGGCCUCAACAGGCUGGCAGCCAUAGCUCUCCUGGUGCUGGAGAGUGAGGAGGAUGCCUUCUGGUGUCUAGUAGCUGUGGUGGAGACCAUUAUGCCUCAGGACUACUACACCAAAACACUCAUAGCCUCGCAGGUGGACCAGCGUGUGCUGAAGGACUUCAUGGCGGAGAAAAUGCCCCGACUGACAGCCCAUUUUGAGGAGCAUAGUGUGGACGUGUCCCUCAUCACCUUCAGCUGGUUCCUGGUGGUGUUCGUUGAGAGCCUGCCCAGCGACAUCCUCCUGCGGGUGUGGGACGCCUUCCUCUACGAGGGCACCAAGGUGAUAUUUCGGUAUGCCCUGGCUUUGUUCAAGUACAAAGAGGAGGACAUCUUGAACAUCCAUGACAACGUGGAGAUCUACCAAUACCUGCGCUUCUUCACCAAGACCAUCUCUGACGGCAGGAAACUGACCAACAUAGCCUUCAGCGACAUGAACCCGUUCCCCAUGAAGCUGUUGAAGAACCGGCGUGUGCUGCAUCUGGAGCGCCUGCAGGGGGAGCUCAGAGAGCUGGAGGCCCAGCAGAGGGAGUUUGUCACAGAGAGCGCAGAGCGUAAGGACAAGGACCUGGACACUAUACUUGUCAGCGAGGACGAUGAGGACCUGUAGAGACUCUGGACAGAGGGAUGGAUCCUGUGGAACUAAUGGCUCUAAUGGUUUUGGAGUUCUAGACUAUACAGCCAUCUGAUUAAGAAUGGCCCUGCCGGUACAGAUAUGACCCACCCAAAGUUCUGGUCCAAUACCUAUUUUUUUACUGUAUGUUAUGGUCAAGAACACUACCUGACCAACCUCAUUCUCUCUAGAUCAUAUAAUAGAGUGUACAUGCUCUGCCAUAGGAAUUAAUGCAAAACACACAAUGUACACAUCUGCGCACUUAAUUUAACUACAGUAUGUAUUUCAACGAGCACACGUCACAUAGAUUUUUAUCUGACAUGUUUCACUCGUGUGCCAAAAGUCACACUCCAGAUUUUGGGUUGCAGCAUAUUUUGUCCAAAUGCAGGAUACUUGUGUGUUACUGUUUGGCAUUUAGUUUACUUUUCCUGUCAUUUGUGUGUCAUAACAUGAUGUCAACUUUAUGUAUAAAUGUACAACUAUGACAGUCAAUGACAAAUUUACUUUCUCCAAUUUAUUACCUUAAAAAAA